GGUUGUCCAUGCCAUCCAUACCUGUCCCUAAAUUAUAUCGACAUCAUUGUCCCCCCUCCUUUGGGAGAGCCCUCGUCCGGCGCCCAACCCACUUUUUUUUUCUCUCGCUGCUUAAGUAGUGUCCUGUCAUUGACUACUUAGACAUCUCGACAGGGUCCUCCUAGCAUUGCACACUCUGGAAAAUGGCCGCACGGGGUGCAAGGAGCCGCAAGGUGUUGGACAAGGAACUCGUGAAGAAGGAGAAGAAGGACACCCAGAUCAGAUCACCAUUCGACGCUUGGACUCUCUCUUCCGAAGGCUCAAAACGAACGAAUUCUGCUGCGGUCAAGCAAUCGUCGACCAGCGGCGUAAAGAAUUCUCGAGUAUCUAUCCAGAGUUCGAGACCUUCCAGUCCCAGUGGUUUCUCUGCGAUAUCACAUGGUAGUCACAAGACGGACGGCACCAAAAAGUAUGCCGCCAAGGGCAAGGAAACGGCAGCUCCGCGAGGUCGAGGUGGUGGUGUGCCCAACAAGGCGCCGCCGAGUAGCAACAGAGCACCAUCAGUCGUCUCCAGAGAACUUCCACGACGACGAGGGGACUCUACCGGGGGAGAUGGCAGAUGGCCUGGCGCACAAAUCUGGUAUGGCAACAGCAUCACGCCGCAGCCAUACCGGGGACUUGACAAUGACAUGGAUAUGUGGAUGGAGAACGGCGACUGCUACAUCUUCUUCACUGAGGAGUCCAUGGGCGACAACCCUAGGCCGUCAUUACGUGUUCACACCCGCAGGCUGAAAAAGGCGCGAUCCACGCUGCUGAACAAUUUACUAAAGUACAGUGCGAUCAACAAGGAUGAGGAUCAGAUAACACCAGUCUCGCCAGGCGCUGGCUACAGUUCCGUAGCAUCGCGACAUACGACAAUCUCCUCUACUCUGUCGGCAGGGACAGAUUCGUUACAGUCGGAUGACUUUUCACAGCGUAAUCCGAAUAUGUGGACUCCACGGAGCUACUCACGAUCACCAGUCAGGGGCGGCCUGCGCGACGGACUGCCGUCACUCAACGAGCCGGCGUACAGCCCCAUCGGGAGUGAUGGCGGAUCGUCUACCGGGAGAAGCGUAAAGGAAAUCGAAGUCACGCACGAGGUUUGGUUUCCAGCUCCGGCGUUUUUGAAGACCCCGCAAGCCAAAAGACGCCACCAUCUCGCACAGCGCAACUUUAUCGCCCUGCUGUACAACAAACCCUUGGUCGGGCAUGACUUCUUUGAGAUGCUUGUCGAGCUGGAGAGCGUCAUCAAGACAUUUUACGAGCUAGACAGGUCGCAGUCGCACAAGGGCGUACAGUACAUUGUACACUAUCUCACAGAUCGUCAUUUGGAUGACGUGCGUAACAAUUGGCGAAUGGCUCUCGGGCUGCUUGCCUGGAGUGAGCAGGACAGUGUGCGGUGGCAGGCAGGCUACAUGGAAGCCUUCGUUCACUGCGCGGGCAUGCUCACACCAAGGAUAUGUGAAUCUGCCGAGUUCAAGCGUCUCUCUACCGUUACGCGGUAUAAUCUGAACAACGCCUCUACGCUGCUCAAACUCCGCGUCGUCGAAGCCGAGGAGCGUCUUGCCGCGUUCGAGUUGCACGAGAUAUUCCCACCGCCGAAGACCAAGAACCCGGCUGGGACGACUCAUCAACGCAGUUUCAAUGCAUUCCGAGACUUUCUCAUCGACUUCUAUAGCUCCACCUACGGAUCAUGGCCGCCCCCUCGCCAGAAGAACGGCCACUGGCUCACGCGCGACCUGGUGAUCCAGAUGCAGCAGGAUUUCGGAUCUGCGUACGACUUUCUCGUCGACCGUGACGUCUGUUGGGAGGAGCGCGAAGAGCGAUCGUCACGCAAAUGGCAGAUGGUCACCACACGACCAGAGCCAGACUUUCUCGCCAUCGAGACCGCUGAGCUGCCACUGACAGACAUGCUACUCUCCUUUGACAACAAACACUCAUACAAACACAUUCCGCACCCAUACCCUCUCCUACCAAAAGGCGCAGCAGCGAGCGCCGCAUCCCAGCCCGAGAAGAAGAAGAACAUCUUCAGCGCAUUCAGAAAAGAAAAGCCCGCACCCCAGUCCACAAAAGACUGGAAAGAGAAGCUCCAAGCCGCCGUCAUCUACUCGGACGCAUCCAACAUCCACCGCCUCGGCACCUCCUUCGCCUCAAACGACCUCAUCGACGCCCUCGAGAAAUACGAAAAGUCCGCCCAGCUCAAAGCCAUCUCCCCACAAGACGCCCGUAUCGGCCGCUGGAUCCUCAUCUACGGCGUCCUCCAGACCCUCUCCACCCUCUCCGUCGACGCCGAGGGCCUCCGCUUCUCCGACUCCGUAAGCUACCUCCUCUGCCCCAGCCUAAAGAAGUGCCCACCAUGGGACUCGCUCUUCCCCCAAACCGUCUGGGAAGCAGACCAAACAAAAAGCUACUGCUGGCUCGCGCCCAUGCGCUGGGAAGGCCUCAUCCCGCCCACCCGCGCCCUCGAGUCCAAACUCCGCGGCCUCUCCCUCCCGCUCCCGCCCGUCGAGCUCGACGCAACAGGCAACGCGAAGCGCGACCGCAACAACCCGAACCCGUACUCCAACCACAACUCCCAUCUCAACCUCCACCUCAACACCGGCAUCCACUCCACGGCGUCCUCGGACUACCUCGAGGUCCGCAGCCCCGACCGCGAAUACGAGCGCGAGCGCGAGCGCAGUAUCGAGCGCCGUGGCAUGGAGAAGAAGCUCCUCGACGAGCGCCGCAUGAUUGCGCGCUAUAACGGUCGUACGUUGCCUCCUGUGCCUGAUGUUCCUGUCAGGAGCCCGAAGCGGAUUGAUGAUGAUAGGCGGGAGCGCGAGCUGGAGGAUAAGGAGAGGGAUAAGGUGUUUAGAGGGGAGCAGGGGACGAGCUGGGUUGAGGAGGGCGCGAUUCGGUUUGUUUGAAGAGCUUGCAUGGGAAUGAAUGAAAGGAAAAGCCCAAAGGGGGGGCUGGAUACACACACUCUCACACACACACACACACCGUCAUCGUCAU